ACCAUUGCGUCGUUGUUACCUAUCAAACACACAAGUUCAGAAAGCUUAUACCACCAAAUCGUCAUUUUAACAUUUACAGUUAUCUACUCAAGAUUGUAGGAGAUCAUGGACUUCUCCUACUAUAUUCGUGAUGAGAUGGAGAGCGAGGGCAUUAUGACGUCAGAGAUACCUGAGCGAACAGCCAAUCAGGGCGUAAGGGGGUUCGCUGAAAUGAAAUGCCGCAACCCCGGGUGCGACUGGUCUUGGAGCACCCAUCGAGCUCAUGUCGUCAUUGACUUGAAGAGGCAGAAAGUUAAGAGGAUCUACAAACAGAAGUGUAAGAAAUGUGACCGUGAAAACGAGCCAAAGUUCCCCGAGCUUGUGUUCAGAGGGCUUGUCCUCAAAGCACUUGAACAGGAGAAGAAAUUUCGAAAUCCCAACUUUGGAAACGCGAACAUCGAUGAUGACGGAGAUGAUGGUGGUCGAAGAGGACCUCCUCACGAGAGCCGUUUAUGUGAAAAAUGUGAAUACGGCAGGAGCCAGUGUUGGACCAAGAAAUAUCGAUGAAAUGUUUCGGUGAAUACCUCAAAACAUGGACAUGUGAAGAGAUGGGCGAUUAACGCGAGCAUUUCUUUGAUCCAAUGAUAGUCACCGUCACCGUGUGAAAAGGCCCCAAGACGGAUCAGUUUCCCAGGUCAAAGGGCCUUUUCACACAUGAAUCUUAGAAUCAUCGGACCUCUCACACGGAAAAUUCGUACCGUAAUUCACAUCCGGAGUAGAAUUUGAAUUCGUGAUUGUGAUUAGCGUUCGUGAUUCUAGUUUGGUUUCACACGUGCUAAAUAGUCGCCAUUAGCAUUAUUUUUCACUGGAAUCAUCAUUUAAAUUACGAUUUUUUCCGUGUGAAAGGGCAGUUAGUUUCUUUUUUUGGCUGAUACUCUGUUUCAGCAUGUGCCUUUCAAUCAACAUGCUUCAUAUUUGGAGCAGCAAACUUGAGAAGCAGACGAUUUCUGUGAUAUGAUUAUUAUUCGAUCCGGACACUUCCGGACGCACUUACACCUCAAUAACAGAGAUACACGAUCUAUACACUUUAUGUGCCACGUAUAUCUGGAAUAUUAUCGAGAAACUUUGGAAAAGGGAAUUUGAAAUGGUAAACAACCAAUGACAAAAUUUGCCUCUAUAUUAAAAUAUGCAGACAUUUUCCCAAAUAAAACACACAGAACUAAGAUUACAAAAAGUAAACUGCACAUCGAUUUUCCAUGAUUUAAGUGAUUGUUAACAACUGCGCAAACAAUCUGUGAAAUAUAAAGUUCCGAUAAAGUUCCAAUCACGAACUGCUUCAGGCCCUUCUCUCUACUGGUCAUAGGUUCUAAGUAGGCAAGUAUGAAGAGAAUGUUAUUCAGAUGACAAUAACAGUCACCUGUUGGUGAAUUCAUUAUCUAAGUGAUGAAUGUCCAUCUCUUCAUAGGUCCAUGCUCAAAACAAGAGGAUUUGAAAUACGCGAUUAAAAAAGGACAUAUUGAAAACGUUUAUUUCGUGACAAGUUGUAUAUAAAUAGAUUAUAUAAAAGUUCAGUAAUUUGAUGAAAAGUACUCAUUGAAUUUCUUAAUUCCCUUCUAAUGUUUAUAUGGCCCCCAAAAGAAGUCGCAUUUCAUGUUAGGUAUUCGUAUGAAUUUUUUUUUUUAUAGCAAAUGAGUUGUACCCGAGCCCCUCUUUGCCUCUUCCUCAGUUCCCUUUCGUUGCCCUUUCGUUUACAUUUCUGUCUUAUUCCCCUCCUUCUCUCAUAUUCCACCCCCUUUCUUUCCCUCUCUUCUCACUCGAUCCCCCUCCUCUCUCUCCCCCAGCUCCUUUUCCAAUUUAUUUUCUUCUUGUAAUUUUAAAGGCGUGUGUAUUGUGAGAAUGCCGAAGAUUAUAUUAUGUUCGUUAUUCAAAUGUGUCUUGCAUAUAUAAUCAUUCCUACAACGAUUUUUUCCCCUCUUUUUCUAAAAAAAAAAUCGUUCUUGUAAAAAAAACCCAUCUGAUUAUGUAACUUUGACAAAGAGAAGCUAAAUGCAAGAACAGAACCACGUGCUUAUUGUAUAAAUGGUUUAAGAAAAUUAAUUUCAUGUGUAAUUGAGAUAUUUAUCUACCGCAAUAUAAACAAACUAUGGGUCUAUGUAUAUAUAUCAAUGUUUAUGUAGAGUUUAUUUGAUGAAGGAAUAUUUUGGUGAUUAAAUGAUCAACAGUGAACUUUGAA